AUGAAUAACUCGCCUGCAUGUGAUUGAUACGUUUUGCUACUAUCAGUUAUCUUAUUUCAUUAUGGCUCCAAUAGUGAAUGGACAGCACAAGAAAGUGUUAGACAAGACGGUGUUUCAGUUCUUCGAAAAGAUUAUAAGUAUUUCUGAGGAAACCCGGCUUAAUGGCGCCGUGGAACUGAUUUCAUAUUUGGUCAACGAUGCUGUUGACAAGAAGGAUAAGGAGCGGGCCUAUGCUCUUAAACGGUUAGUGCGAGGAGUCGGAUCAAACAAUAACGCGUCGAGGUCAGGUUUUUUCACCGCUUUGGUAGGAUAUUUGCAAGAGGUUAAAGGUACCUGCCACUGUCCUUCGGUUUCGGAAAUCUUUACCCUGGUAAAAUCGGAAUUGUCCGAUACCGACAAAGGCGAUGAAGACAAGGGUCAAAUGAAACUUGAACUCAGAAUAGGCAAAGUAUCGGUAUGCGGAGCUGUUAUCAACGCUGGAAUGUUGGAAACUGCUUCCGACGUAGAAUUGCAAACGGUGGUAAAAACAUUAAAAAAGGGUGUCCAUAAAAUGUCUGCCUCGUUGGCAUUUACCUUUCUGGGUGAACUAAUGCAAAAGGUUAGUACAAAACAAUUUAGCAACAUCGUAUGGCCUGUUUUUGAGCCUAUAUUGAAUGUGCCCAAAGAACAACAGACAAUGGAUACUGUGUACAUUUUAUUAGUUGCUUCGACAACCCACAAGCAAACUGUUAACCAACAGUUCUUUGAUGAAAACUUCGGUUCUCCUCGAUUGCUGCAUAGCGGUAAUUUUGAAUACCUUUCCAACCUUCUUUGGGAUAUCAAAAGCACGGUUACGAUAAAUCAUCCAUUUUAUGACUUGCUAAUUGCCACAUUUGUAAAGCAGAAGAAGAUUGGAGAUUUCUGGACACGCGGGGUAGAACCGGCCUUACAAAAAAAUGAAAAUUAUAAAUUUAGCGAUAUUGUAGCUCUACGUGUUUUUAUAACUAUACUUAACAAACUUGAAGAUUUUAGUGUUGUGCCGGAACUUCUGAGCCCAUCUUUGAUGGAAAUUGUUAUUAGAAAAAUCAAAACUUUCAACCAGCUAAGCGAAGAUGUGCGUGAUCUGUAUAAAGAAGCUUUCGACACAUUGAGCAAGUGUUACAACAAAAUUGAAGAUGAAGAAUGUAAGCUACGAUUAUUCAAAAAGCUAAUUGAACCUCCCAGCAGCAUUCUAAUUGAAAAGUAUGCUUCAAACAAAGUUAUUCAAAAUCUUCUUGCUGCAAUGACUGGAGAAAGUAUCAAAAAGGCUGCAAGUUUGCUACAAGAAUUGGUGUUGGCUCGAGAUACACCAGAAAUGCUUAACUCAGAGCGAAUUCAUGCCGCUCAAGCUCUGCAAAAACUGAUGAACACUAGGCAUUCUGCUGCUGAUGACGAAUGGGAAAUGAGUGUGGUGAAGUUUUUCUUGUGCUUGGGAAUUUUCUUUUCUGCUGAUGGCCAGAAAGUAUUGAAGAGCACCAAGAACCAAUCUGCAGCCCUAUCGUCGGAACUAGUUCCCACUAUGAAGUCUAUGUUUUUCCAUUGCCUAGAGCAUAAACAUACUAAAUUAGCUAAAGAAAAGUCCUUUUUACUGAGCAUUGUCGAUCAUAUUCAGAGCGUACUUGAAACCAUGGGUAAUAAGUCUCUGCGUACGCCAUUGAGUGAGGAUCAUCUGAAACUUUGGCAGCGGAUGCAUACGAUAGUCCACACUAAAGACAAGCAGCACAAAAAGCUGAGCGGUGUGUUUCAUGUUCUGAUAAUGCACAUGGGGCUGCACUUGUUCAGUGAUCCCCAGUUAGCUAGCAGCUCAAUUGCCGAACUGGAAAGUGUAAUGAAACGUAUUCAAAACAAGAAAAGUAGCAAAUCCAACAGUAAAAUAGAUAUUAAGCAAAAUGGCACCGGCGAUGAACCCGAAUGGAUUGAGGUAGUGGUCGACUUAUUUUUGAAUUUGAUGUCGCAAAACUCGCAUCUUUUGCGAAAAGUUAUUGGCCAUGUUUUUCCACAUUUGGCUGGCGAAAUGACGUUGACGGCAUUCAAUCAAAUCUUAUCCGUUGUAAACUUGAAGGAUAAAGUCAAUCCGCUCAGUGCGACGGAAGACGGUAACGAAGAUGCGGACGAAACAAUGGAUACGAAAGAUGAUGACACCAGUGGAGUGGAUACUGACGGCGACGCCACGGAAGAUGAAGAGGAUGAACAAUCAGGUAGUGAAUCAGAAGAAGAAGAAGAAGAAGAAGAAGAAGAUAGCUUCACAGACGAAGAAGAGGAAGAUGACGAGAAAGUUACGGAUAAAAUGCGUAUGGCUCUACAUGCUGCUUUGGGAAAUGCAAAUCCUGAAACUGACACAGAGUCGGUGGAUUUGGACAAUAUGAACGAGGAAGACGGUCGCAAAUUGGACGAAGCUCUGGCAGCUGCGUUCAAGCUUUUCAAACAAUCGAAAAAGUCUAAACCAACAAAGGCUGACGAGCGAGUUGAGACUACUUUGAAUCAUUUUCGAAUGCGAGUUUUUGAUCUGAUCGAUAUCUAUUUGAAAACAUCGCCUAACAUGAUAAUCUGUCUGGAGCUGAUGCUGUACAUUUUCGAAAUGCUACCAGUCGCUAUCAAGGAACCCAAGUACAAACAGAUACUGGAACGUUAUCGAAAUAUUUUCAACAUGUUGAUUAAAAUUAAGCAAUUCAACGAAGAUGCCAAGGAUGUGUCAUCUGGUCAGCUAUCACAGAUUUUGACGGAUCUAAUGGACAAAGUAGCCAAAGGCUCAUCCUUUCCGGACAAAAAUCAAUAUCUUUUAAAAGCGUGUCAGUUUAUAGUAAUCUGCUCGCAACUAAUCGGCAGCAAUGGAUCAAAGAAAAACGCUGCCGGUAUCGACAAAGUUUUUUGCAAAUACCUCAAAGAGUUUAUACCGGAUCGUAAUCCUCCGCUUACGUUGAACGUAUUUCAAUCAUUGUUCCGCAUGAAUUGGAGCGGAAAUUUCCGAUUAGCAAAAAUUUUAGCCGAAAACGGCCUACAGAAGGAGGUUAGAACUAUUCGAAAAACUCAAACGCUGCAACUUUUGAAGGAAUUGUUCAAAAAUCGAAGACUGGUUAGCAAUGAGCCCAGUUUAACAUUGACGACACUAUCAGUUGUUGUCAAUUCGCUGGUUAGUUAUAUAGACGAGCUACAGCAAUCGCGAAAUAUCAGCCAAAACGAAUUUUGCGAGCUCGUUCAGUUACUUCUUGAGUUGUACAGUUACCAACAGCAGCACCCGGAGGGCCAAACAAUCCCUUGGAAACAAAUUGGAUCGAAGAUACAAACGUUGAGACCAGAGGCACUCAAUUCUCAAACAAUGAACUUUUAUUUGAGAUUCUGCAAACAACUGCAGCUGGAACCGAUAAAAAAUUCGCAAUCUAAAAAGAAGGUUGGGUCGAAAACGGUCGAAAAGACAAAAACCUUGAACGGAGAGCCGAAUGCCACUGCAAGCGAUGACGAUGAAAUGGAAACGGAGUUGCCAGUUGGCAAUGGAGCGGUGAAACGAAAGAGAGACGGUGACACAUUGAAGCAGAAACGUUUGAGGAAAGAAGAACGUUUAAAGGCUGCAUCGGAAGGAAUGGAAAUGGUGUCCUUCGUUAAUGUGGGGUGAACCCAGUAGAGUGUGUAAAAAUUAGUGUUUUUAAGUGGGAGAGAGAGUUUAAAAAUAAACUAAAAGAAGUAAC